UUGUCCUGGAUUUGCAGCAGAUUUCGUGGGCGUGGCUUCUGUCAUAGGUGCGUGACUGAGUGUGUGUGAGGGAGAGGCCGCUUCCAGGUGUAGGAACUCUCGGCCAACGACGACCCAGGAAGUGACAGUGAAACUUUAGGAUUUUAGAACACAGUCAUUCAUCUACUGCGAUAAAUUGUGCGCCAACAUUGGGGACAAGAUAAAAUAGAGACGAAGCAUCGUCCCUGGAGGUUUUCAGGAAGAUGUACAACGCCAGAUACGACCAGGGCCAUAAUGGUCACCAUGAGCGAAUCGACUUCUUAAGCAACAAAGAGAAGGUAUCGAAACGGAAGACAGGCCUGCUCGUGGGCGUCCUUCUGGCAUUUCUGGUCCUUGCAGCCGUUGCGGCGUUCCUCAUCUGGCUGUUUGUCUUUAAAGAUGCUGAUUCAGAAGCCACCCUAAGUGCACAGAGAGGUCCACAAUCGCAGGUCUUCAGUGGACACUUAAAGUUGGCCGGUGUAUCUUAUGACCAAAACCUGGAGGACACAGAGAGCAAGGAAUUCAAGGAUUUGGCAAGCACAAUACAGGAAAUUCUCAAAGACAACUACAUGAAAGAUGAGCUGCUUAAAGAGUUCUACACCAAGUCGGUGGUCACUGCAUUCAGCGAGGGUGUGAUAGCCUACUACUGGUCCCAGUUCGACAUUCCACCGGAAGACUUGGACGUCCUGCCUGAGUUCUCUGAAGAGCGGGUGUUGGAGGUACUGGAGAGUGGACUCAAGGCGCAGCGGUUUUCAUCCAUUCACAUCACUGAAGUCACCACGUCACUCACAGAUCCUCGAAUGGCCAGGAGCCCCACAGCCAGGGACUGCUUCUUCCGCCUGGAGGCUACAGAAAAUGGGCAAGAAUUUUCAUCUCCGGGAUACCCUCAUGGCUACCCACCCAAGUCUAGGUGUCAGUGGCAAAUUCGCGCCUCAGAGGACAUGGCCAUAUCUGUCAGUUUCCCUUUCUUCCACAUCGAGGAUGACUGCUCUGAUGACUUUGUCUUCAUCUAUGACUCCUUGAGCCCAGACGAAUCUCAGGCAAUCACAAACAAGUGUGGUCAGAGGCCUCCCUCCAACCCUUUAGAGGUGGUGUCGUCAGGCAACAUCAUCCUCAUCAACCUGAUCACAGACACUGAUGUCCAGAGGCCCGGCUUUCAGGCAGUGUACAAAGCCAUUCCUUCUUCCAUGGUGAAAACCUGCGGCGGUGUCCUUAUUGCCACAGAAGGAGUAAUAACUUCCCCACUUUACCCCAGCUUCUAUCCUCCUGCCGUUGACUGCAAGUGGAGCAUCAAGGUGCCUGCUGGGAAAAAAGUGCGUCUGAAGUUUACAAUGUUCCGCAUGAAAGAGCCAGGGGUUGACAUCCGUGAGUGCCACAAAGACUACGUGGAGGUUAUGGGCACCAAGUACUGUGGAGAAAUGUCGUCAUUGUCUCUGACCAGCAGCACCAACGCCGUGGACUUGACCUUCCACUCUGACGAGUCCUACACCGACAAAGGCUUCAGCGUUCAAUACAGCGCAUUUGAUCCGACAAACCCUUGCCCCGACAUGUUUGCUUGCGCCUCGGGCAUCUGCAUCGGCAAAGAGAUGGCGUGUGACGGCUGGAACGACUGUGGCGAUAUGAGCGAUGAGAUGGAUUGUAAAUGUGAAAAGGACCAGUUCGCCUGUAAAAACGGCCUGUGCAAACCGAAGCUGUGGGAGUGUGACCGCGUCAACGACUGCGGAGACGGCAGCGAUGAGAAAGGGUGUGGUUGUGAGGAGAAUGAGUGGUCCUGCGGGAACGGCGUCUGUCUGCCUCAGGAUGUCCGAUGCGACAACAAAAAGGACUGUGAGGACGGAAGUGACGAGGCCUCGUGUAUAAACUCUCCAGGCAUCUGCUCUGCCUUCAGCUUCAAGUGCAAUAACAAUGACUGUGUCAACAAGGUGAACGCUGAAUGCGAUCGCAUCAAAGACUGCUCAGAUAACUCUGACGAAGAGUACUGCAGUAGUGGCCCCAGGCCCUAUAAGCUGAGCCGCAUCGGCGGGGGCCAGAAUGCAGAGCUGGGGGAGUGGCCUUGGCAGGUCAGCCUUCACUUUAUGACUUAUGGCCACGUCUGCGGCGCCUCCAUCCUCUCAGAGAGGUGGCUGCUCUCAGCUUCUCACUGCUUCGUGACCAGCAACCCGGCGAACCACGUUCCGUCCAAUUGGCAGACGUACAGCGGCAUGCAGAACCAGUACAAGUAUGAUGGUGUGCAGCGCCUCCCGCUGAAGAGGAUUAUAUCCCAUCCAGAUUACAACCAGAUGACCUUUGACUAUGACAUUGCGCUGCUGGAGCUCAGCGAGCCGUUGGAGUUCACCAACACCAUCCAACCCAUCUGCCUACCAUCUUCCUCCCACGUCUUCCCUGCAGGCAUGGCCUGCUGGGUCACAGGCUGGGGUGCCCAACGAGAAGGAGGUCAGAAAGCACAACUGCUGCAGAAGGCGUCUGUGAAAAUUAUCAACGACUCCGUCUGUAACGUGGUGACGGAGGGCCAGGUCACCUCCAGGAUGCUCUGCAGUGGAUUCUUAGCAGGAGGAGUCGAUGCAUGUCAGGGAGACUCCGGAGGCCCCCUGGUGUGCUUCGAGGAAAGUGGGAAGUGGUUUCAGGCUGGCAUCGUGAGCUGGGGCGAGGGCUGCGCUCGUCGGAACAAGCCCGGCGUCUAUUCACGCGUAACCAAGCUGAGACAGUGGAUCAAGGACGAGACAGGGAUUUGACGAUGCCACGAGGAACAGCGAGGGAGUGAGUGAGCGAGCGAGCGAGUGAGGGAGGCAGAGCGGGGAACAAUGUCCAAGUGCACAAAAAAAACGUAACGGAGGAAGAACAUUUGUGUCUGAGUCGAGACGUCCAUGUCUUCCCAGAACCUGUCCAUGUACCAGAGGAAUCUGAACACAUGGACCAACUACUCACAUCAGGGACUUGAAGCACUUUAUUUUCUCGCACAUACUUCCCUCCACCCACACACCCCCACCUCCACCACACACAGAGACCAACACCGUGUACAGUUUUUAAGUGUAAAUUUCUGCAGUGCCUUUAAAUCCCAUUAAUCAUGUCGUGUGUAACUCCUUAAAACCAACCAACUUCAGAAUCAUUUAAUCAACAUUUUUUUAGCAUAUAAUGAAUAUAUAACAAUAUAAGGCUGACGCAAAACAUUUUAAAAACUUAAACUCACCCCAAAACCAUUGAGACAUUUUUAAAAGAUCUAUUAUCAUGUAUUUCUUGGUGACGUGCCCUCAGUCCUUUUUGGCUGCAGCACAUUUUUGCACUUUGCUAAUGGGCUGUUGCAUUUGAUAGCUGUAUAUUUUGGGGAGGUUUAUUCAUCGUUUCUUUUAUUUUCUUGGAGAACUCUAUCUGCUCUAACAGUGUCUCUGCUCCAAAAUCAACUGCAGAGUUGUUGUUUUUUUUUUUUUUUUUAGCUCUUUCUAAUUUCCCAGGUAGCAAUUAGUUUCCCUUUUUUAUCUGUUAAAUAUGAACUCACAUUUGCUGAAACAACUGUAAGGCCAAAGAUUGUAACAGUGGAGAAACACAGGGAGUUAUUUUUGUAUUCUAUUAAAAGUUGUGAAAAUUGAAAACAUCCUGGAGGCAAGAUAUCGCAUUCAUCAAUCUAAAAGUCCACUUCUAACCAGAGAGAGCGGCUGACACUAAUGUUAACUAUAGCAAGUUUGGUGAAAAACACCAGCUUUGUCCCCGUGGGAAUAUAGAGCUCGAGACUAAAGUGAAGCCGACUUUGUUUUAAGUUGCUGUUGAUUUAAAUGAGACUCAUAGAUCAGUAUUUUUAUUACACCUCCACCGAUUCGUUUGCCCAGGUCGCUAGUUAAGCCGCGGGUGAUUAAAGUCUUUACUCACGCUCAGAAUCCAUGGAGUUGUCACUAGUUGCCAGAGCAAUGCAAUGAGUUUUUUUCUCCCUGUGAGAAUUUCCUUCUCCUUGGUCACAGCCAACUCAAUUAAGUUGAAAUCUAAGAUUGAACAGAGCGUUUUCUUUGAGUCUGUUUGCCUUCGCCUGUAAGUGUUACGGCCAGCAGACGCAAACCAGAGAUAGGAUCCAGUGUUUUUAUAUUGAAGGGUAGAAUUAUAAAUAUAAUAAAUAAUUUUUUAAAAAUCAAA